ACCAAUAUAAUGUCUGGAGGGGGUUCCAGUCUAAGGGUGAACACACGAGGGGAACUAGCUUUCAGAAAACAUCUUGCCGCAAAUAAGAAGGAAACAGUGGAGUCCAGAGAUAUUAGUCCGGCUAAAUAUAUUCAGGCUCCCAGCUGGUCUUUUCCAAAACUUGAAUACUCUUCCAGAAUUCACUUAGAGGAUCAGACAAUGCCAGAGUCAAAGUGGGGUUUAAGAGAUCAGGAGAAGAAACAUCAGGAAGCAAGAAGACGUGAGAUCCUUGUUCUAAUCCAUCAUCAUCUAGUAGAGGAAGGACUUAAAGAAGCUGCUGAUAUACUAGGAACUCAAUGAUUAUAUAAACAUCAAGACUUGGUGAUUUAGAAAUGGCAAAAAUAUACCACAAAGGAUGAUCUUAAAUUUUUGACAUUUUUAGAUUAAACUUAUUUGUGAAUUUUUGUGAACGAGUGAUAGUGAUUAUUAUCUUUAAAAAGGUCUCAACACACCUGUAAUUAGGCCCAAUUUAUGAUUUACAUCUUAUAAACCAUAAAAAGUCUCUUUUAGAUUUCAUUUAAAUUGUUUCUCUAUAUUUGUAUUUCAUAAAAAAUGGCAAAUUUAAGCAGAUUAGUGUUGAGCAAACCAGCCAAAUAUAUUAUCCUCCAAAUGUCGUCUUAGGAUUAAAUUUUGUUUUUCGAACAUAGGGAUAUAAAGUACAGGGCUAGUGAGGUUACCAACAAAGGAUCUGAGACUUCAGAGACGAUUGUACGGUACCAGUACAAAGGUCGGACCCACAAACUUCGGACGCUACAAAAGUCGGACAGUACAAACGUCGGAUUUACAA